CAGCGCCGUACCCCCCCCCCCCCUCUCUCCCCCCUCCAUUUCCUGUUCUUCUUCACUAUUCCAGUUCCAAUUUGAUUUGUUGAUUCUUGCACAUAUAUAGCAAUACAUACACACAUGCCAAUAUGCCAUCUUCUUGGUCUGUGAUCUACCAGUUGCAUGCCCUGAUUGCAAGCUUGCAACAACAAACAGAUAUAUAUAGCUCAAUCACCAGCAGCUAGCGCGUCUAUGAACUCCUCUACCGCCAUGGAUCAAAUAGGCAAGUACUGGGCCAUGUGGGGAGCAAGGAGAAGCGGCGGCGGCAGCAGCAGCACCGUGCGCCCCAUACCUGCUUGGGCGGAGGCCGGCAGCGAGCCGUCGUGGGAGGAACAGGCUUUUGCGCGCGAUGCGGCGGCGCACCUCGGCGGUUGCGUGUGGCCGCCGCGCUCCUACUCGUGCACCUUCUGCCAGCGCGAGUUCCGGUCCGCGCAGGCGCUCGGUGGCCACAUGAACGUCCACCGCCGUGACCGAGCUCUUCUCCGGCAAGGGGGCUCGUCCCCCGAAGACGUGCACGCCCCCAAUGAUCAGCCACAGCAAGGGGCUCUCCUGUACAGGGUAGCUUCUAACCCUAGCAUCACGACGGUGACUACUGCGUCAGGUACUGCCGGCUCAGCAGCCAAAGGGGAUGCGCAGGACAUGACUCCUACUUCCUACUUAUCAACCAUUAUCAAGGAGAGCAAGAACAAGCUCCUCAUGUCGAUGCCAGCCUCCAUGGAGAUGAGAGAAGACCGUCAGGCCAUAGAUCAGUGCGAUCAUGGGGAUAGCGACGCCGAGGAGUCAGCAAGGACGACAAAGAGGAGGCGUUUGAAUCAUGCCCCGGCGGCGGCACUUCUGAUCUUUGUGCAGCCUUUGGCGGCGGCUACUGAGGUCACAGGAUGUGAAUCAUCACAGGCGUUACAAGGACUUGAUCAUUAUGCAAAGGUACCACAAACAACACUCCCAAGCCCUAACUCUAGUUCCCCUCUUGUUGAUCAACACGAAGUAGAUCUAGAGCUAAGGCUUGGGACCACUCCAAAAGUUACAUGAUACACAGAGAGCUAGUACAUACUUCUGCGUGCAAAUUAAAGGAGAUCAAUUUGUUUGGUCUUUUGAAUUUAUUAUCACUACUCCUGCUGGAUUGUUGAUUGCUUCAUUCCCCGGUCCUGUUAAUUUUCUCUCCUGUUUUCCCCCAAUUCCUUUCUUGUGCUAUCAGAUCGUACAUUUUUGGCCAAAGAGCUAUUUGAGAUAAAGGUUUCUCUCUUUCAAUCU